AUGCUUGCCCUGCAGUUCCUGUCUGCCCCGGUGGCCGUAGUUGGCGCCGGCUUUGGCGGUCUCUCCGCGGCCAGAGAGCUGCAGCGACGAGGCAUCGACUUCUGCAUCUUCGAGAAGCAACCUGCACUGGGCGGCUCGUGGCGCGCCGUGGCCAACCGCAGCUCGCGGGCUCAGAUUGAGCGUGGCAGCUAUUAUCUGGGCAUGCCAGAGGGCGCUGAGUGCCCGGACAGCCUGCCCAACUACUCCUCCCGAGAUGCCAUUCUGGAGCAUGCGAAGGAUUUCGCGUCGCGGCACGGCAUCCUCGAGCGCUGCUGCGCCUCGGCCGUGCAAGCCGAAACGCUGCAUUCUUCCUGA